AACUUCCGGGUUGCGUUGUAAAAGUUGUUCACUAACAGACUGUUCCGAUUUUAGCCUUUAUUUCCACUUUAAUUUGUCAAUAUUGCACUGAUAUAAAAUAGUGAUGAACGUCGACGCGGCGUCAAAAACUCUGUGGAUGGGAGACCUGGAGCCGUAUAUGGAUGAGUGUUUUGUGCUUCAAGCAUUUGAUUCCAUGGGUGAACCAGCGCAGGCUGUCAAAAUGAUCACCAACAAAGUUACCGGGACUGGGGAAGAUGAUGAUUUUGUAAAAAUAUACGGUCAAGAAAGGGAAGUAAGUUUGGCAGUCGGUAAAAAAUAUCCAGAACUUAGAUUACCUGCUGGCUAUUGUUUUGUUGACUUCCCGGAUUCGGCAGCAGCAUUAAAGGCACAGCUGAGACUUAAUGGAAAAAUUAUACCCAACAGUCAACCACCACACAGAUUCAAGUUAAAUUCCAAUAAUGUAAAAGACACACCCAGAAGAGAGUUUUCUUUAUUUGUUGGUGACUUAUCUGAUGAAGUAGAUGACUUCAUAUUGUUUCGGGCCUUUGUGAAGAAAUAUCCAUCAUGUUUAACAGCGAAAGUGGUAUUAGAUUCGCGUGGUCACACAAAGGGUUAUGGUUUUGUGCGGUUUUCUGAAGAGACAGACCAACAGAAGGCACUUAUAGAGAUGCAGCACACAUCGGGCAUCGGCAGAAAACCAAUACGCGUCAGUCUCGCCACGCCAAAAAACCCGUCUACUGGCAGGCGCGAGAAUGACACGGCCACGGCACAGCAGGCCCACCAGUACAAAGCGUACCAAGACUACUAUCAAGCUUACUAUCAACAGUACUACUCCAACUAUUACGCCUCCACAACUCAAACACCAGCACCAGUUCCCACAACUACUUAUACAAAUCCUGCAGAUGACCCAAAUUUGUUAGAAGAUCCUGAGUUGGAGAUAGAUAUUGACAAAUAUAACAGGGAAUACAUGGCUCAAAGCGAGGAAAUUUUUGAGAUGCUAGAGGAUUCUAGAUGGCACCCUAUGGACCAAUGGAAUUCCAAUGUUCCUGCUACGGCGAGGUGAACUUUUACCUUCAAAACCCGGUGUCGGUCGGGAAAGGCGCGGGCAUGUUAAAAUUGCGGAUUUGGGGCCAUGGUUAUUUUGAAUAUGUGCUAGGGUUUUUGGAUGAUCAUAUUAAAUUUAGAAGAUAUGUUUGUAGGUUAUUUUUAUGCGUUGAUACUUUGAAAGAAAAGUUAAUGAAUCAAUAAAAUUUAUAUAAGAUUUCUUGUAAAAAAUAUGCUUAAUUUAAUUAAGUUACAUAAAUUGCUAGUACAUGUGUUCAUAAUAUUUAUGCUUACAUGGUUUAGGCUUUUUAUACACAAUAUUUAAAUAUUAAGGUGAGGUGAUUUUUUAUCCAUAUUUGAAAUAUUCAACACAAAUAUUAGGAUACAUAACAGCCUAGGUAACUAUUUUGUGUAAACCCAAUGAUGUAAAGACUGGAUGAAUGUGAAGUAGAAUUUAAACUAAUAAGUUUUAAAAAGGAUUUUUCCUUUAAAGUUUUAUAUUGUUGAGUUUAGAGAACAGGACCAGUUGAAUUUGUGAGAGACACACAUCAUAAUAUGUUGGACAGUUAGCCAAAUGGAUCAAAGUUCCAUUUUUGUUACUGAAAUGUAAAUAUAUUGAAAUAAAAUGUGCUAAGAUU